AUCCCAGGUGAGGCUUUGGCUUGAGAGGAAAGUAGAAUGCAAGUAGUGAUCAAUGAGCAUCUAAAGGAGGACGUGCAGGGAUGAGACCCAUGGACCACAGUGUGCUGAAAUGUUGCCUCUUCUCUCUACUCUUGCUAACAGUGUCUGCAGCAGGCCCUCCAUCCAAUGCAGCCAUUUUAGCUAGUGAAAUGACUCCAGGCAAUGCAUCCAACACAGCCAGUGCAAACCAACCAUCCAACACAGCCAGUACAAACCAACCAUCCAACACAGCCAGUGCAAACCAACCAUCCAACACAGCCAGUACAAACCAACCAUCCAACACAGCCAGUACAAACCAACCAUCCAACACAGCCAGUACAAACCAACCAUCCAACACAGCCAGUACAAACCAACCAUCCAACACAGCCAGUACAAACCAACCAUCCAACACAGCCAGUACAAACCAACCAUCCAACACAGCCAGUACAAACCAACCAUCCAACACAGCCAGUACAAACCAACCAUCCAACACAGCCAGUACAAACCAACCAUCCAACACAGCCAGUACAAACCAACCAUCCAACACAGCCAGUACAAACCAACCAUCCAACACAGCCAGUACAAACCAACCAUCCAACACAGCCACUUCAUCCAGGGCAACGACACCCUCCUGUACAACACGUCGAUGUCUGGCCAACAUGCUGAUUGCGAAAGAAGCUCUGAGUCAGCCACAGUCUCCAUCAUGCAUCUCAAAUAUCAGUGUGCCGUUAAUAGUGUAUGAAACUCUGUCUGUCGACACAAAGGAUCUCCGCUUCGAGAGUCAUCUGCGAGUCAUGUUGUCUUGGGAAGACCCUGAUUUAUCAUGGGACACAUCAGUCUAUCAUCAUGAUAUGGUGGUCCUGCCUGUCAGCAAAAUCUGGACUCCUGAACUCCAUGUGACUAAUGGAGUGUCAACAACGAUGAAGCACGGCAACAAGGAUUUGCUGGUGCACAGCAACGGGACUAUAGAGCACAUGGUCAUCAUGAACACUGUGGUGGGAUGUGAAGUCAAUCUGUACAACUACCCCUUCGCUUCAGAUUUCUGCCCCAUCGCCAUCAAUGUCUGGGCACUUAAAGGAUGUGGCAUGUUCCUGAACUUCGGGAAUGUGAGCAAAACUAGUGCAAACCGUGGGGACUGGCUAACCGAGGAGGUGGAACUCAAUGCUAAAGGAGGCAGAGAUGAUCGCAACUAUCUAUGGGUGUCGCUGAAGAUGCGGUCUGAAAACCCCUUUCUGUCCCUGGUCCUGCCCAGUAUACUGAUCAUUGUGGCAGAUGUGGUGAGCUUCUCCCUGCCACUGGGAGGGGGCGAGCGUAUCUCAUUCAAGGUUACACUGGUUCUCAGCUUCAUCAUGUUCCUCAUCAUCCUCAACGACCUACUGCCUGGAGGAGGCCAGUGCAGCCCCAUCAUCCGAAAGCACUUCUGUUUCUGUUUGGUCAUCCUGGUGUUGAGCACGUUGCAGUCUAUGGUGCUCACACGCCUGGCUAAGUGUGGCACUCUCUGGCCCUGCAGCCUCUCCAAGUCCAAAGACUCACUGCUUAAAGACACAGACAAUGAAGAGGAAUCCAAGUCUGAUAUUAAAGCCUCAGAGGAAGAGAAGAAUACAGCCCUCCAGAAGGUGGUGAAGUUUCUCAACAAAAUGGCUGCACAAGACCAGAAAAAUGCUAUACACCAUCGCUUUGCCAACAAAGUGGACUUGAUCUGUUUCUGUAUCUAUCUCACCGUCCUCAUUGUUUAUGCAGUCGUCAUUUUAUAUUUCUCCUUUGGUUCUCAAUGUAAGAUCAACCAAUUAGAUUUCUGGUCAUAAAUUCUUUAUUUGCUUUUAACCAUCAUUUAAAAAAUAUUGGUGUA